ACUGUCUCUCACUGUUCAAAUAAACCUACCAUUAAAAUGAUAGACUGAUCAUUUCUUUGCCAGUGGGCGAAUGUACAAAAUUAGCAGGGGAUCCAAUACUUGUUUCCCUCACUGUAGUUAGUCUUUUGUUCUGAAUGUAUUGAUGUAUUUAUGUUGUGACACAGUGGUUGAGGUCUAAGACUGAUCCACACUUACCUCCAGUCAUCUGCCUCGUUCCUCCAGUGGUCUUAGAUCAAUUUCCUGUUUCUCUUUUCAAGAUGGACAUUUUAUCUUCAUGUAUUUAUUCUUAAUGUGUGUAUGGUUAUUCAUGUAAAUUCAUCAUAAAUCCAUAGGAAAUAUAUUGUAUUUAAUAUUUACAGAACAGAUUGGUCAUAACAAUAUUUAUAUGAUAUAUGUUUGUGUUGUUGAUCCAGAGUGUGAUUUCCUCUUAAAUGACACCCUAUUCCCUAUAUAGUGCACUAUUAUUGUCCAGAGCCAAAUUGGCCCUUGUGAAAAGUAGUGCACUACAUAGGGGAUAGAGUGCCAUUUGGGACACAGCCUAUCAUCAUGGGGUUAACUACUGUUAAAUAAUAUAAUAGCACAAGUCUUAAUGAAUAGGGCUUCCAGAACCCUACUAUUUCUGAUUAGUGUCUCGGGGGAAACACAGUCUUGUGUGUUCAGAUGAUCUGCCAUUAAAGGGACAAUCCAGUAUUGGUACAUCCAUUUUUUUUAACCUUUAAAUGAAUGAUAUGUAGCCAUUGAUUGUUAGAGAAUUUAAUGAAUAAAUACCUCAUGAGUUUAGUUCAAAUGUCUUCCCUAAUCAGAACCCAAAUUAUCAGCUUGUUUCACUACAUUUCUUGUAAAUAAUGUAAUUGGUAACUAACGCUGUAUAGCUUCAGAACAUGGUUAAACUAUCAUUUUGAUCUCAUGGAUGGUCACUCAAUUUGAGUGGUUUAAUUUCUGAGUGGCCAUUUAGUGGGUGGUCAUUUAGUGGGUGGCCAUUUAGUUGGUGGCCAUUUAGUGGGUGGCCAUUUAGUGGGUGGCCAUUUAGUGGGUGGCCAUUUAGUGGGUGGCCAUUUAGUGGGUGGCCAUUUAGUGGGUGGCCAUUUAGUGGGUGGCCAUUUAGUGGGUGGCCAUAUAGUGGGUGGCCAUUUAGUUGUUUGAAUCGCAGAUUGCCCCUUUAAGGAUCAUAUGGUGGUGCUCACAGGAGCAAUAUAUAUAUUUUUUGUUACGUUUUGUGUGUUUGAUAUUUGGGUUUGUGACAGUUUCUCACACUUGUUCCCGCUGCCUGUCUACAUCUUCAAGGAUGCCUUUGCACAUUCUAAAGAUAUUAAAUGAAUGUGACCUGUAGUUCACUGGUGCUUAACAAUAAGAUCUGUGUAGGAAAACUAUGGACUGUAAAAUGUAAGGGACUUCCUGUAAGGGACUUCCUGUAAGGGACUUCCUGUAAGGGACUUCCUGUAAGGGACUUCCUGUGGAAAAACACAAGACAUUAAAGAGCCUCUAGAAAGGUUUGAAAGCCUUGCUCUCCUUGGCUGUUCCUUUUAAUGUACAUUCAAAUGGAAAUGAUUUAGAAGAGGUACAUGAGUGUGAACGUGUGUUUGUUCGUGGUGAGAUUCAAACACGUCAACACUAGAUUAUUACACUAGAUGUUUACGUUAAACGUCCACCUCGACCAACCACCCUCCUUUCAGUUUUGCCUUAAAUAACCAUCUGUCUUAUGUGACCAUAUCAAACGUAACAUACUAAUUUAAAUGUUCUGUAUUUACGUUUACUAAGUUACAUCUAGUCUAGUCAUGUAACCUAACAUAAACAUAUCAUACUAUAUAAAAGGAGUGGCACAGAUUUAAGUAAACUAUAAUGUGUUUUGCUUGGGUUAUAGACCUCUCUGUGUCAUGUGGUCUGCACAUCAGGCUUAGAAUCCACAACCAAAACGUACCACCACAGUUCACACCCAUGUUAUCUGAUUCUGAGCUCACUAUGCAACAGUUGUGUGCAGCGAUGCAGUUGAACAGGUUCUUGUUCCAAGGAAUAGAAAGAAGAAGGUAGUUUGAUCACAUCACAAUAGUUUGAUCACAGAACACUAGUACAUUUAUCAGACUGCAGUGUCUCAAUAGGACCGAUUCAACCAGGAAUGAAGGUGACUCAACUAGACUGUCUGUGUCUGAUUCUUCUACAUCUCCUACACACAGCAGGCUCUGAGAAGUUUGAGGUUCUUGGUCCAACUGAUUCCAUUGUUGCUGUAGCUGGUGAUGACAUCAUUUUGCCCUGUUACCUCAAACCCAACAUCAGUGCUGAGGACAUGACAGUGGACUGGCUUAACCUGGACUUCUUAGACAGUCGUGUCUUUCGUUACCAAAACCACAGAAUCAUACGAGAGGAUCAGAUUCUCUUCUAUAGUGGAAGAACUUCACUGUAUGAAGAGGAACUAUGGAGGGGAAACACCUCUUUGAAACUGACCAGGGUACAAGGCACUGAUGAGGGACGUUACAAAUGCUUAAUUCAGUCAAAGAGCUGGUAUGAUGAUUUCACUGUUCAAGUCCUCGUUAAAGCUGUAGGAUCCAAGCCAGUGGUGUCCAUCGAGGGACACAGAGAGGGAGGGAUGGGUCUGCUGUGUGAAUCAGAAGGCUGGCACCCUGAGCCUGAGCUGGUGUGGCUGGACAGUAAAGGAGUCCAUCUCUCUGCUGGUCUUCCUGAGACACACAGAGACUUAGAUGGAUUCUACACAGUCAAACGACAUGUCAUUGUCCAGGAGACUGACACCAACCGCUUUACCUGCAGAGUCCAACAGAGCCGGAUCAAUGAGAAGAUGGAGACAGAGAUUCACCUCCCUAUUGUAGGAUCCAAGCCAGUGGUGUCCAUUGAGGGACACAGAGAGGGAGGGAUGGGUCUGCUGUGUGAAUCAGAAGGCUGGCACCCUGAGCCUGAGCUGGUGUGGCUGGACAGUAAAGGAGUCAAUCUCUCUGCUGGUCCUCCUGAGAUACACAGAGACUCCAAGGGAUUCUACAGAGUCAAACAACAUGUCAUUGUCCAGGAGACUGACACCAACCGCUUUACCUGCAGAGUCCAACAGAGCCGAAUCAAUGAGAAGAUGGAGACAGAGAUUCACCUCCCUAGUGAGUUGUUUGAUUACGCAACCCCAUUGAGAAUGGCCUUCAUUGUGUUAUGCUGUCUGGGAGCCGUCACUGUGAUUGGGUUAUCUCUGGCUGUCUACUGCAUACGUAAUAAGAAAGAUGUCCUCACUAGGAAGCUAGAUGACCUCUGGGACCAGAAUUAUGAACUCUGUGAACAGAAAUAUUACCUCACUGAGAAUCGAGAUGUCCUCAGGAAGGAGAAGGAAAUCCUGACUUCUCAGCUGGACUUUGAAACCAUCAGAAGACAUGAAGUGGAUGUGACUCUAGACCCUGAUACGGCACAUUGUAAACUCAUCCUGUCUGAUGACGGGAAACAAGUGAGACAUGGAGAACUAGAUCAGGUUCUCUCUGACAACGGGAAGAGGUUUACAAAUUGGUCCUGUGUCCUGGGAAAUGUGGGCUUCUCAGGGAAGUUCUACUAUGAGGUGAAGGUGGAGGGGAAGACUGAGUGGACUUUGGGGGUGGUCAUACAGUCCAUCAAUAGGAAUGAGAGGUCUAGACCGAUCCCUUAUAAUGGAUACUGGACUGUGGAGCUGAAGGAUGGAGAGUACACAGCUCAUGCUGAUUCCCCUGUCACCUUCACCCCGAGAGAGGAGCCCCAGAAGGUGGGGGUGUUUGUGGAUUAUGAGAAGAGACAGGUCUCCUUCUACAAUGUGGAGGACAGGUCUCAUAUCUACUCUUUCACUGACUGCUCCUUCACUGAGAAACUCUAUCCAUUCUUCAAUCCUGGUGAUUCAGAUAGUAUUUCACUGGUCGUCUGUCCUGUGGAUGCUACUGACUGACUGUUUUAAAUCAAACAGGGUGCAAUUGUUAUUUGUGAAAUGCUUGUUACUCUGCUAAUGUGCAGUAAAUAUACUGUAUAUAAUUUUAAAAAGUGCUGAACAAGUAGUUAUAUUGACAACAUCCGUCCGAGCUCAUUUAUGUCUUAAUGGAAAUUACGGAUUGUCUCUUAUCCGCUCCUCGUUCCCUUAUGCCAUAGUUUGUACAUCUCAAUUGUCAGUAGAAAACACGUUUAAACAAGUCAGCCAUAUGAGCAAUAUUUAAGAAGGCAGUAAAUUAGGCUCAAUGAACUGUUUCGCUGCCAGACAUGGCUCCGCUGAUAGCCAGGUGUAGCAGUGGUAAGGUGUUGGGACAGCUUUAUGUAGGCCCUAACAGUUUGUGGGCACCGUUUGUAACCGUUAAAGUGCAAUUAAUGUAUUGUUUAGUGUUGUAUAGUGGCUUUGCUGGCAUGCAUAAGAUUUACAUGCUAAAAUUGCAACUGGUUGUGUAACCUUUCUGCUGUGUGCUCCUACAUUUAGGUAACAAUGUAGCAACAGCACAAAAUAAGUGUUUUACAUAUUGAUCAUUUGAUAAUUAAAUGUUCUGAAAGAGUGUUUAAAAAUAGUUUUAUCUCCAUCAUUGUCAUCAGACAGACUACUGUUGCAGACAGACUAUUGUAUACUGUAACGGCCGUUGUUGGUGGAAGAAGGUGAGGACCAAGGUGCAGCGUGGUAUGUGCGCAUAUUUAUUAGAAUGAACACGGAAAUAACCAAAAUAACAAAGAGAAACGAC